GACAGGUGCGUCUUUAUUAAAGCUUCAUCUUUAAAUAAUUAGGUCAUCAAUUAAAUAGACGAUUAAUAAUAAAUAGGCGUUGUUAGAAAUAAUAUGUGUUUUGAUUGGAGUGACAUGUGUGUGUAAAUGUAUAAUAUAAUAAGGUUUAGCCCGUAAAGUCCUAUUUAUAGGGUUAGAAAUUAGCCCACAUUUUGGACGGACAGGUGCACCCUGUACCGGUAAUCAGCCCCUCUAGCCGGGGAGGCUGGUUUUGUGUGGGUGUGUGUGCCGGAGGGGUGGAGUCAUAUAGUCCCCCCCAUUGGGUGACCGUCCAGACAGUCUUACUAGACAGAUUACUGCCGGAUAGAGAAACCAGUGUGAGGGCGACGGGUGAGCCGGGAGCGCCGCAGUCCUCCAUUUGUGAUCCAGACUGGAGGAGGCGGCUUGGUGUAACUCUGUGUUCCGGUCCGAAUGGAGGCAGCCGUGCUGAACCCCGCGAUCAUGACGGAGGUGGACUGCAACAGCAACACCCUGAACGCGGAGCUGGAGGUGAAGAAGCUGCAGGAGCUGGUGCGGAAACUGGAGCGGCAGAACGAGCAGCUGCGGACCCGGGCCGGCGGCGGCUGCUCGGGCGGCCCACAUGCUCUGCCUCCAUCCGGCGGUGGAUACCGCCUCCCCAGCCCGCUGCCCCCUUUGCUCUGCCAGGCGUCCUUGGAGCAUUUCGACUAUUUCCACCCGCACAGCGCCGGGGAUGGAGCGUCUGCAGCGGGGGAGGAUGAUGAGGAUCUCUCCGAGCCGUCGGUUCUGGACGAGCUGGACCUCCUGGAUUUGGAUUCUCUGAGCUGCUCAGAUGAGUCCGAUGAGACGUGGUUAUAUGUGGCGUCAAAGGUCCGAGACACGACCAGCGACUCCCUCACGCCUCUGCAGUGGUGCCGGAUGGUUCUGGACAGCCCGAAGUCGGACGUGGAGGCCGCCAGGCGGUCGCUGUCCCUCCGGCUGGAGCAAGUCUCCAGGUGGCGUAGCUCCCUGUCCAGUCCCUCCCCCUCCUCCACCCCUGGUCCGCCUCUGAGUCGAGUCGCCGGAGUGUCUCCCAUCGGUGCCACCCCUCCGCCCAAACCCUGCUCCACCCCCCAGUCGACGGAAAGACACGCCUCGGCCCCAUCCCUCCCCUCCCCGCUGCACCCAGUCCUCCACCGGACCCUGAGCCCCAUAGGGAAGGAGCUCUCCCCCGUAGCCGAGAGGACUCCCACUUUCCUCCCUCAUCCACCAAGUCGAAACCGCAGCCUCCGAUGCUCAGCGCUCAGCCCACAGUCGUCCGUGGACAGCGACCUCGGUGCGUCGGAGCCGGACGACGACUCCAUCGCUCUGGGAUACAAACUGCAAGACCUCACCGACGUCCAGGUCAUGGCCCGGCUGCAGGAGGAGAGUCUAAGGCAGGACUACGCCAGCACGUCGUCCGUCCUGGCCAACCGCCGCAGCCAGAGCUUCAGCUUCCAGCUCAGCCAUCUCAGCGCCGGCCCCGGCCUGGAGGAGGAAGACGAGGAGGAGGAGGACGACGAAGACUACGGCCUCCUGCCGCCGCCGCAGCCGCGCCUCACCCGCCUGCCGCACUCCCACACCUUCUCCAGCAUGCGCGACUGGCGAAGAAGCACCAGCUCCCUCUGCACCCCUCCUUCCACCCCUACCACUCCUCCGUACCCGUCCGCCGGCUUCGCCUUCCAACCUCUGGCCCAGCCUCAGGGUCUGGGUCUGGGUCUGGGUCUGGGACUCGGUCUGGGUCUGGGUCUGGGCAGCCCCUCCGCAACCGAGCUACAGGGAUUCAGACCAGGAUCAGAUAAGUUGCGGAGGAGCAUGCCUAACCUUGUCAGAGCUCCCAGCAUGCCCAGUGUGCCCAUUCCUUCCAAUCCUAGCGCUUCCCCUUCUUUGCUUCGUAACAGCCAGAGUUUUGAUUCGUCCAGCGGCCUGAACCGACUGCAGUCCUCAAUCCCCUCCCCAGGCCAGCUCCAGAACAGGGUCCAGAGCGUGGGGAACUUCUCCACGUCGCGGCAACCGCUGAAGGCCACCGCCUACGUCAGCCCCACCAUCAAGGGCUCGGCCUCCAUGCCGACAUGCGCCAGCCUCCAGUCCCUGAACAGCGGCAGCGGCAGUGGCAUCCCGACGCUGAGCAAACAGACCAACUCCACCCCGACCACCCCCCGCAGCAGCCUGCCACGCCCCGCCUCCUUCGUGGGAACCAUAGGCUCCGCCUCUCGCAGCAAGGUGGCCCAGCCUGCACGAAGUUUACUGACGCCUCCAAAGAGCUUGUCCACCCUCAGUGCCCUCCGUGACAGCACCUGGAGAGACGGCUGCUACUGAUGAAGGGAUGCAAGUGGCGCCCCGCUGGCUGGGGUGACUCACUACACCUCGACAUCCAGAUUCCCUUAGAGGAAGCGGGGAGGGUGGGUUUUUUUUGACCAAAAAGCGACUGAUAAAUCUGAGACCCUGCAUUAGAAUCGUCAGAACACGCGGACUGACCUCUCAAAUUCUAUGCAGAGUUUCUUCGGGGGUUUAUUUUUCUGGAUUUCAUGUCUACGAGCUCGGACCGUGCCAAGAGGGGAGGGGAGGGGAGGGGGGGCUGCCCCCUGUUGCUCUUACCGUGCAAUAAUAAACAACUGGCUGUGGGGUACCGGUAGUAUUUUAACCCGCUAAAGAGGGCUGCCAGUUUUUAACCAUACUGUGUUUAUUUAUUUAUUUAUAUAUUUAUUUAUUUUAAACGAAACAGUUUUGACUAAUCAGGUGUUUUUUUCCCUGUGGCAACAAGCGCCAACGAUGCUGCUAAAACGGAGUCAUUCCCCGCGACGUCUGGGCAUAUUUGGUCUAAUUUUUACAAGCGCCAUAUUAAAGCAUGUGAUCAUGUACAAAGCUAAUUAUUAAGUGUGCGUAUCCACCGAUUGAUGCAAUAUUGGAUUUUAAACGUACGUCUCGACCAAAAUGAAAAACAUCUGAAUGUGUUUACAGAACUGUCUCACCACGGUGUCACUUAAAAAAAAAAAUAGUUUGAGCGAUAACUGUUCUUGUUGCACUUUGUACACACUUCCUGAUACUUCUCUAUUUACUGAUGUUUGCACUUGUUUUGCAUUUGACCUUCAAGCGGCUGUUUAUGAAAUGUUUUUUGGAUUUUUUUUCUUUUUCCCAGGAGGUUUCACAGUUCCACACACACACGGCGUCAUGUAGCACCCUUUGUUUGUAAUACUUGUGUUUUUAAACGGCCGUUACCGUGACACCUCUCACACAAUCCUGCCACUUUUGUUACUGUGAAUGACUGAGUGAGUGAAACGUUUUAAUAAAUUCUAAUAAAACUCUUGGUUAGUUUGGGAAAAUAAAAUAAAACCUUCUAAAAUAAAGGCGUCUUUUUGAGUCUGUGACUUUGAAAUCUACAACAGGGACAUGUUUUAAAAUCUUUGAAAAUAAACUAAUGUUUUUUAUUUUUUUUUAUUUAUUUUUUGUUAACUUAAUUCAGCUUCCUUCUUUUUCAGCUCUGGCUCUGAGAGUUGUUGCUCAUUUAACCAGUGAAUAAUAAAAAUGUCAGACUAGGUUUAAAAAAAUAUUAAGCUAAAGUGCUGCAGUCAAUGAGUAUCAGUGUUAUUGGAUGUGGACAGUUGUAGUUCCUCAUAGUGACCACUGGAGGGCAGUGAUGAUGAUAGUUUAGAAACAAUCCCGCGUUACCUCGUGGAUUCUUCUCAUCAUUAAUAAAAUACAACAUGUUUCCAUCACCAUAUUUUACCUACAGGCAUCUAAAAAAUAUAUAAUAAUAAAAUUAAAUAAAAAAUAUAUCAACACCCCUGCUACAAUACCUCACUUGGUACAGUCCACCUCCCCCUUCUUUAAAUCUAGUUGGAAUCUUCCACUUCCUGUUUGCCAGUCUGGCCUCCUACCUGGACAGGUGUGGAUGGAGCACAUGGAACAAACAUUUGGAACAUCAGGAGGAGACACGGCCAUGAUGGUUUCACCCAAACAACAGGAACUAGACAACAACAACAGCCUAUAGAACAUCAGGAGGAGACACGGCCAUGAUGGUUUCUAAGACUUCACCUGAACAACAGCAACUUCUCAAGAACACCCUGAAGGAGGAGACGUGGCCAUGAUGGUUUCCAGGACUUCACGUGAAGAGGAGGAUCUUCGCGCUACAGAAACCACGGGGAGGACACGGCCCCCCCCGCGCCUGCUACCACAGGACCCACUCUGAUGAUCCAGGCCCCCGACAACAGGUGGGAUUCGAACCAAUCUCCUGCGACUUCCAGCCGCGGUUGAACCACCACACGCCACCGAGAACCCUUCACACUUGGACCUUCUCUCUGAGCGCUUUUGUCAUCGUCACUUUGGAACCUGGACUUUAAAAGUCACGACUGUCAUAAGAUUUGAACCCAUGACUUAAAAAGUUUCAACCACUCA